CCCUCCUCCGCUCCUCCAAUCCGUUCGGCUCCAAAAGAACUCGGGACGGGGAAGGCACGACGGACGGAGAUGGCGGAGGCGGUGUCGUACGAGGAGCAGCGGCGGAGGCAGGUGGAGGCGAACAAGCGCAAGCUCGAGGAGCUCCAGCUCCACCACCUCUCCGCCGCCGUCAGAGAGGCCGCCGCCAAGCCCUCGCCGGCCAAGAAACGGACGGCUCGGGUGCCGCGGGACGCCGCCGCGGAGCCGCUCCGGCGGUCCGGCCGCGUCGCCAACCUCCCGGAGAAGCCCAAGUACCGCGAAGAAGUUUUGGAUUUCGGGAGGAAGGUCAGAAGGACGUACGGCUCGGGGAGGAAGGACCUGGUGAACCGGGUGUACGCGACCGACGAGGAGCGGAGCCACGCCAUCACGAAGGCCGAGGAGCUGGCCGGCGAGUUGGGCUCUCGCUCCCGCUUCCCCAUCUUCGUGAAACCCAUGACCCAGUCCCAUGUCACCGGAGGCUUCUGGCUGGGCCUCCCAACCCCGUUCUGCCGGAAGUACCUGCCGAAGCGCGACGAGACAAUCAUGCUGGAGGACGAGGAGGAUGACGAGUUCGAGACGCUCUACCUCGUCAGGAAGAUGGGCCUCAGUGCCGGAUGGAGAGGAUUCGCCAUUGAGCACAAGCUGGUCGAUGGAGAUUGCCUAGUCUUCCAGUUGAUUGAGCGCACCAAGUUCAAGGUCUACAUAAUACGAGCAAGUUCCUACUAUGAAGAUGAGGAGUGAUGAAACUAGUAGCUUCUAAUAUGGUGAUUGGAUAUUUUGGAGCGCAGCUCAGGUGACGGUUGCACUCCACAAAACCAGUGUGAGCAGGAUGGAACAGGCUCGCAUGUGGGGGGAAUGCUGCGCGUCUUCAACCUUUUGACUGGCGAAAAUACUGAUGUGUUCUACCAGUUGCUAAUUUGUUGGCUUGGGAUUAUGACCUGCACGGUUCAGAAACCUGCACUAUGUAAGGGGAGGUGGAUGGCAAUUAGCCCCAUUUUGUAAAUUGAUGCCCGUCCUGGUUCCUGUUGGGUCCCUUUUUCUGGUCCAUUCUGAGCAUUA